UGCUAACAACAUCAAGGAUCCUGCUCUCACUUCUUCCAUUGAUUUAUUUCUGCCUCCUGGAGGGGUUUUAACAGCCAUGGCUCUACCGGCUCCGCUCAGGUCCAUCCAGCACCACCUGCGGACCGCCAGUGAACACGAGAAGAGGGACCCUGUCGUGGCUUAUUACUGUCGUCUCUACGCGAUGCAGACGGGAAUGAAGCUGGACAGUAAAACACCGGAGUGCAGAAAGUUCCUGGUCAAACUCAUGGACCAGCUGGAGACGAUGAAGAAGGAGUUGAGUGACAGUGACUCCAUCACUCAGGAGGUUGUUGGAAACGCUCACAUUGAAAACUACGCCUUAAAAAUGUUCAUCUACGCUGAUAACGAGGACAGAGGAGGACGAUUCCACAAGAACAUGAUCAAGUCCUUCUACACAUCCAGUCUGCUGCUGGAUGUCUUGUCUGUGUUUGGGGAGUUGUCAGAGGAGAACAUCCAGCACAGGAAGUAUGCCCGCUGGAAGGCCACCUACAUUCACAACUGCCUGAAGAACGGAGAGACGCCUCAGUCCGGUCCCAUCGGCAUGGACGACGAUGAGGAGGACGAAGGCGAGUAUGGAGCUGAAGGUUUCUCAGGCCAGGGUCCUUCCCAUGGAGGUUCCUUCAGGGGAGGUCCUUCUUCUCAGUUCGAAGACCACGACCCCAGUUUGGGUCCAGGUCCACCCCCGGGGAUUGGCUUUACCCCAAGUCCAGAUUCUGGACCAUCUGGACCCCCCACCACCAACUACAACAACAUCCACAUCCCACCGGGAGCCCACGCACCGGCCAACACUCCAGCUGAGCUGCCACCACCCUCAGCAGAAGCAGCUAAACCCGUGCCUUUGCCCCGAUCAGUGCCCACUGUUGACCCCACACUGCUCAACGCCCAGCAGCAGGGGGGCGUCCAUCUCACCCCAGAGGAUUACACCAAGGCCCAGAAGUACUGCAAGUACGCUGGCAGCGCGCUACAGUACGAGGACGUCUCCACCGCCGUCCAGAACCUCCAGAAAGCCCUAAAACUCCUCACAACUGGCAAAGAAUGAAGCCUUUGUCCUGCUCCUUCAAUCCCUCCAUCCCCCCCAUCCCACCCCCCUUUGCUCUCCACAGCAGCGCCGCUCUAUCUGUCACUGAUCUGGCCCACAGCGAGCUGAGGACGCAGCUCACACACACACACACACACACACACACACACACACACACACACUGAGGCGGCCCUGUGAAGAGAGCCGUUCAGCUCGCCGUCAGACGAGGACAUGAUGGAAAUCAGUCACAACAAUGGCUGCCUGUGUGCGACACCGUGUCCACCGAUUGACUCGAUAACUGACUGACUGACUGACUGCAGAGCAUGUCGACUGUCUCACGGCCGCAACUGGCGAUUAUCGUCAUUAUCAGUUGAUCUGCCGGUUAUCUCCUCGGUUAAUAAAUCAAUAAUUGGAUCAUUGAAUUGUCAGAAAAUGGUUAAAAAAAACACCUGAUGUAGUUUCCCACAGAUAAAGUAGAUGGAUUUAAAUGUCUUAUUUUGUAAAAUCAACAGUCCAGAACACAAAAACAUGCAGUUUACUGUCGUAUAUGAUGAAGAAAAGUGGCAUUUUCUGUCAUUUUUGCUUUAAAAAUUACUAAAAUGUUUUAAUCAAUUAUCAAAAAAGUUGCAGCUCUAGACUGUUUGACUCAUAUUGAAUAAUUAGAGCCCAAAUAACUGAUUAAAUGUUCAUUAGUAACCACCAUAGCGAUGGUUCAUUAAACUAUUUUCCCGCCUUUAUUCUCAGCUUUAUUAAUAUAUUGACUUUUAUAGGAGAAUUUAAAGUAUAUCAUUAUUAUUGCUGGUGGGAUUUUUUGUUUCUUUCUUUUUAAUACUGACAGUUAUUGGAUUUAAGCCCCAAAUAUUCAGUCUCCAUCAGGCUCUCAUUAUAUUUUCUGUCUUCCGGUCGUCACGGGGAACCUGAAUGAUUUAAAUAGAGCUGCAAUAGUCAGCAGAUAGAAAUCAAUCAACAGACAAAUAAUUAACUUAUUUAAUUAAACUUUUCAGUCACAUCUCAAGCUAAAGUGUAGAAAAAGGUUCCUGCUUAUGAAAUGUGAGGAUUUCCUUGUUUUUCCUCGUCUUAUAUUUGAGUAAAUUAAAUUUUUUGUUUUGGAGUUUUGGACUGUUUGUUAAACAAAAAAACAACAUUUAAUGACGUCAACUUGAACUUCUGAACAUUGUGAUGCACAUUUGCAGUUUUCUGACAUUUUCUAAACCUUCAAAAACAGUUAAUGAAGAAAAUAAUUAUCAGAAUCACUGAUAAUGAAAAUAAACAUUAGAAGCAGAACUGGAUGUAAACAGGAAGUCACCACACAAACUUCACAUGUGGCGAUGAUAAACGAUCAGCUGACAUGAUUUAUAACUAAAUAACAACAGACAGACUAACUCUUCACUACUUGCUGACUGCUAAAGGUUUUAAAUCAUUGACUGUCGGACUCAUGAUUGAUUCAUUGGAUCGUUACCAAGGCAACAUACUCCAGAUUACCUGUUUUCUUCCCAGCUAACAGUUUGUGACUAACCUCAAAACAGCUGAGUCCCCAAAACUGUCUCUUCUAUAAUAAUCUUUAAGAUAAAAACUCAUCCUGUUAACAUUAUUUGUGUCUUUCAUCGUGUGUAAAAAUACAACUCAGAAUGUAUUUGACCAUCUAAACUGAAACUGCUUUUUUUUUUUUUACUAUUAUUUUUAUUAUUAUAGCUCGUUAUAACUCAAUUGACUGUUUUACCAGAUAAAACUGUGUCUACAUUAUCACAUGUACUCCAAAGCUCAGAUACUAAAGAUGAGAGUGUUUCAGUGAGUAAAUAAAACUGCUGUGGGAGUGUUGGAGUGUCUACAGGGGGCGCUAUUUGACUCUGACUGUCUUCUGCCUUUUUUUUGUUUAU